AAGGGCCGCACUCACUCCCGCCGCAGACCUCGUACUGUCAACACCAUCCCCGGGGCGUGGCUGAGGCUCUCCUACCUACUCCUGCUUCCUCUGCUACGGGUUCGGGUGCAAGGUUCUUCGUGGCUCGCUCAGACCUCAGCGGAAUGUGCAACGCUGCCUCAAGAACUGGCCUCCUCCUGGUCCUCAUCCUCGUAGGCAGUGAGUGCGAGUGUGCCCGACACAAGCGCCAGGACCUCAUCCCGUCCCCUCGCGUGGGCAAGCGGGUCAUGCUGCGAGGCGACGACCGCGGCGACAUGGACGUGAUCCUCAAGGACAUCACGGACACAGUGGACACCCGACCCGAGCUUUUGCGGGAGGGCGGCGACGGGGAGUGGGCGCCUGUCUUGGCCGGCCCAGGCCGCGAAAUGCACCAGAACAGCGUCUACGAGUGGCCGCACCAGCACAUCCCCGCCCUCCGCCGCCCACACUCCCGCCGGGCCCCCCAGCAGACGCCCCUCAGCCCCGCGUACCUCCAGGAGUUGCCUUCGUUAUACGACUACCUGCGGAGAGCGGAGGCGUUGACCAGUGACCCCGGCGAUGGCGAUUCCCGGAGCAAACUCGCGUUGUAGACCAAAGGAAGGAAGAAACGAGUGGCUGAGGCGGUAAAGCGGGGGAGUUAGCCCGUAGAGAGACUUUACCGACAUCUUUACCGCCCGUCGUGCCUCUGAAAACUCCCUCCCAACCCAAGACCAAUGGCGGUGGGUGCCGUUACAAAGGCCAAACUUAUGGAAAAACUCAAGUCGUCGGUGACAUCAAGAUCAAGAACAUGUAACCCUCCGCGCUGGAACGCCGCGCCAAGCGAUUCUUUACCAAGGCCACCCUCCUCCCCCAUCCAGUACUCACCAAACAGCUGGGCUCGCUCUCUAACAAAUAAUAAAAACUAAACAAAGACGAGUAUUUUUUAAAGUCUCCCUCCUUUAAAGUAUUGAAAUCAUCUCCUCCACUUCUUGUCAUCUUGCUAGGCCUAAUUUCAUCACUUUUUCUGCCUUACUCGUUUUUUUAUUUUAUUUUAUUUAUUUACUUAUUUUGCAUUAUUUUAGAAGCCUAAUCUAAAAUCUCCUGAGAAAUGUCGCCUCCGAGGAAAACUGAUCGAACGUUUCAAAAUACUCAAUGGUUUUGCGAAUGUGGACAAACCCAAUUGUUUAUUCUCGACGACACGCUCCGAACGAAAAAUAAUGUCACAAAACUUAAGUGUAAACAAAUAAAUUCAGACUACCUACACCAAAUUUUUCUUCACCAACGUUGUAGAGUGAGAAUGGAAUAAACUCCCUCCUUCCUUCAGCUAGUGGUGGUCCAGUGCAACACGAUUGACAUUUAAAAACAAGCUCGACCGACACUUUCUUCAACUUAAUAUUCACUCAAGUAGAAUUGCGGUCCUGGUGGCUUUCGAUCCGAUAUAAUUUCACUAGUCUGGACCAUAGGAAAUGUGUGGUCUGAAUGUAUAUGUGAGUCUAUGUAAAUCUGUUAAUCUUUGGUAGAAUUUAAAACACCAAUUUCACCAUGCCACGUCACCCUAACAAUCUUA